AUGGGUGAGCAAAAAGAAGGUGCCAAGAGCGAGGUUGAUCGCUCUCGUGAUAAUUACAUGUCAUGGAGUGAUGAUUGUACCAAGUAUAUGCUUGAGUGGUAUAUCGAGAAGCAAAGGGACAAGCCACCAACCUUCAAGUGGAAGGCACAACACCAUCUACAAUGUGCUAAUGAUUUGAAUGACAAGUUUGGAAUUACAGCUACAGCGAAACAAGUUGAUCGACACUAUAGGUCAUUCAAGGAGAAAUGGAAGUGGAUAAAGCUAGCAAAGGGGAGGAGUGGAUAUGGUUUCGAUAAAGUACUUAACAAAUUUAACAUUGACAAGUCAGAGAAAUCACCAAGCAAGCUUGGCAAAAUUAAAUUUAACUACCUUACUCACUCCAUCAAGUUUUAUCAUCUCUUGGAAGAACUGUUUAGUGACUCGUCUCAUGCUGAUGGCUCACUAGCUAUUGAUGUGAAUGAUGCAAGUGAGAAUGUGGAAUCUGAUGCUAGUAGUGAAACAAGCAACCACACAUCCACUGCUGAACAAGGUCUUAGUGAUUCCGACAUGAUUGCACCCAAUAGUCCAGCAGAAGGCACUAGCUCAAAUCUGAAGCGCAAGCAUGUUAAAGCACCACAUAAGAAACCAAAGGUCAAGGCGCGUCGAGCCAGAGUGUUAGAUGAUGAUGUGGCAUCAAGCAUUGUGAGUCUUGCUGAAACUGUGAAAUCUGCUGCCCCUAUUCAGCCAAUAGCAGCUACAGACCCUAAUGCCAAUCUUUGGAAGCACACUGAGUAG